AUGCCUGAGGCUAAUAAAGCCCUUCAGGAAGAAGAGCUCGAAAGCCUUCGAGCUAUCUAUCCGGACGAAUGGCACGAUGUCCCGCCCAAGAAGACUGCAUGGGGUACCGAGCUAGAUGGUGGAUGGUGGGAAGUCACCAUCAAGAGUAUGCAAGAUGAAAGAGUCAGCGUUGUCUUGAAAGGUAAGAUGAUCAGUGCAUAUCCCCAACAAGUCCCACCCUUGUCCCUUCGAUCUCCCGAAUACCUCACAGCCAAACAUGUACAAAGUUUACAUACACUCGUACAAGAAAAAGCCAAAUCCAAAGUAGGAGAAGCUAUGAUUUUUGAGCUCAUCGAUACAGUACGAGAUUUUAUAACCGAUAACCAUGCUCUUUUACCUAGUCCUGGUGACGUCAACCUAAUGGAAGAGAAAGCCAGGAGGGAGGAAGCUCAACGAGCCGCGGAAGAGGCCUCAAGACUUACGGAGGAAGAGAACAAACAACGAGAAGAAGCGAAGACCAACCGAUACCUCCAUGAGAGGAUUCAAGCGAACAUGAUUCAGAAGAAGGAGACUGUUGACCAGGUGAAACAGCAACAAGAAGAACGUCGAAGACAGGAAUCUUUAGCUACAUUGGAUGUGGGUGAUCUGGAGAGUCGGCUCCUAGAGUUGGAUCAGCCUAUCAGUGUGGACGGAUAUGAGGGAUCUUGGAAAAGAUGGAUCCUAUUUGGCGGAAAGAAGGAAGUGUUAUGGACCAACUAUAUGGCCGAACCUGAAACGGCCAGAAACGAAGAUCAAAAUCCCAACAAUACCUUUGUCAAGGCUUCAUCGCCCUGCCUGAACAUUCAAAUCAUCGACUUUGCCGCUCCUUACUAUCUCACCGCCCAAGGGAUCAAGAGGAUAGACGCAUGCACAGUGGAAGCUCUACGUGUCAAAGAGAUAAAAUCAGAACAUGUGCUCAAGGUAUACGCAGUCAAACGGUGCAAGAGCCCAAAAGGUUGGGAAAGGUUGAUCUUGAUGACAGAAGCGACCAAUGAGGGUGGAAGACUUAGAAGCUGGGUACCUAGGGAAGGCUUUGGGGAAGAUUUAGCUAGAGAAUAUAUAGCUCAAGUGCUCCUCGGUCUCAGCGAGAUCCACUCAAGAAAUGCCACUCAGCGGCAGAUCGAUCUCGAUUUCACACUUAUAUCUACUGGGUCUAACGGAGAUAAGGUGAUCAAACUGGCCGGGACAGGCUAUUCAAGACGGAUAGCCGAUAUGCACCGCUCGAACACCUUUUUGAAAACCAAAAUCGAGGUCAUACCGGAGGAGUGGAUAUCACCCGAUGAACGAGACUCGCCACACACGUAUUCCAAGCAAAGAGAUUUAUGGCAUGUCGGGUUGCUCCUAUUGCAGCUGACGUAUGGACCAGAGACGUUGCGGAAUUAUCAUAAUCUUCCAACCUUGUUACAGCAUGCACCCGGUCUGUCCGACUCCAUGAGGGACAUCUUGACGGGUCUUCUGAAUCAAAACCCAAAAAAACGAUUAUUAGCGGAUGACACAUUGACUAGGCUGAGAGCUGCUGAAGAUGAAACCACAAGAAGAGGUUUUAAAAGAACACAUAGCGGUUAUGCCCCACACAAUUCUCUAUCCGGUGGUCCGAGCGACCUCACUCAGAGCUAUUUAGGUAUCUCUCCCGUCAACAAUAGAGGAUUAUUUGGAUACCUACCGAGUACACCGCAGCCUUUGGCUCCCAGACUGUCAAGGUACCGAACCGAUUUCGAGGAAGUUGAAUUUCUGGGUAAAGGCGGAUUUGGUGAAGUUGUCAAAGCCCGGAACAAAUUGGAUGGACGUUCAUACGCUAUCAAAAAGGUCAAACUGCGCCCGGAAGACAAUGAAGCCAAGGUGUAUCGGGAAGUCAAUAAUUUAUCACGUGUUAACCAUCAGCAUAUAGUGCGAUACUAUUCCUGUUGGUUGGAAGAUGCCAACCCACCUCAACUCACUCCCACCGCUGAUGACUCCACUCCUGGACCUGCUCUGACAAGUCAUUCGACGGAAGAAGAUAUCUUUGCUUUAGAUUUUGAUGAUGCUUCCUUCUCGAGAAGGGAUCAGUCUAGAAGUGCCUCCUUUCCCAGGAUCAGGUUUGCGAAUGAGGGUGACGACGAGGACGGGGACAGUGAUGACGAUGAUAGUGAUAGCGAGAGCGAUAGUGAUGCCUCCACAGCGGCUGAUCCUUCAGAAAUGAGGGAAAGAGGAAGAUCAUCGAAUAUACCCAUACCUCCAAAACCUUCUGCGUCUGUGACCGAUGCUACCACCGAUGACGGAAAUGUUCAGAGGAUAUUGUAUAUUCAGAUGGAGUUCGUCGAGAAACAAACGCUUCGAGAAGCAAUAACGGCGGGAUUGACAGAAGAGGAAGUUUGGCGAUUACUCCGACAAGUAUUGUCAGCUCUGGCUCACAUGACGUCUCUUGGAAUCGUGCAUCGAGAUCUGAAACCUUCCAAUAUCCUGCUUGAUGGCGACGGAAACGUCAAGAUUGCGGAUUUCGGUCUAUCGACGACAGAAAUGAACGCCAUCGAAGUGUCUUCGGGCCCAGCUACACUUGCUGACGAAGUGGAUCGUACUUCCAAUAUCGGGACUAGCUUGUACAUCGCUCCCGAAGUCGCUAUCUCCAGAUCAUAUAACGAGAAGGCCGAUAUGUACUCUCUGGGAAUCAUCUUCUUUGAGAUGUGUUAUCCAUUCAAAACCACUAUGGAAAGGGUCCAUAUAUUGAAUGCGGUUCGACAACCCUCCAUAACGUUCCCGCCAGGUUGGCCAUCGACUCACAAACAGAAUGAGAGAGAAAUAGUAACGAGAUUGCUCGCUCAUGAUCCGUCAAAGAGAUUUAGCGCUACUGAGCUGUUGAGAAGCCCUCUUCUACCUUCGCCGGAAAAGAAGAAAGAAGACUGGGACGCUGCUAUUAUCGAACUCACGGAUCCCAAAUCUUCCCAGUACCAACCACUUCUGAAUGCUUUAUUCGACAAGUCCAACCAUAACAUAGCAGAUGUUGACCACCGUCUUGUCGAUUAUACUUAUGAUAAUGACUCAGAUGAUCAGCUGCAAGUCUGGCUAACGGUGGUCAUCCAACGACUUGUCGAGCUUCUCCAGCGUCAUGGUGCAGUAGAAAGCUAUUUGCCACUGUUAAUGCCUGAGACUACACUGCUCAAUACCUUUACUGGACUGGACCCCGUCAGAUUACUGGAAAGGUCUGGGCAGGUGGUGCAGUUGCCUUCAUCUGACCUGCUGGCUAUGGCACGAUCAGCGACAAGACGUCAGAUAGAGCGAAUAAAGCGAUAUCAUGUCGGACGAAGGUAUAUGAAUGAUCAAGUUGGAGGUCAACCAUUAGUAUCUGGGGAGUUGAGCUUUGAUAUCCUUUCCCCUCUCCGAUCAGGAGCCGCUGAAGCAGAAUUGCUGGAAGUAGUAGAUAAGGUGAUAUCCGAAUUUAGAGGGAUGAGAGGGUCUUCUUCAGUAGAAUAUGAUUUCCAUAUCAGCCAUCAGAGUGUUCUGGAGACCAUACUCAGCAUUGUGCCCGAUCGACCGGAUAAACCACGUCGGAAAGUGUUACAUGAGUUUAAGAAACUUGGCGCGAGUCAUCCUGUAUCGAACGCCUCUCACUCUAGAUCGAUAUUGGGUAGUAUACCUGGACUACCCAAAUCGGUGCUGGACGAGCUGGAACAAUGCUGUAUAGCAGAUGAGUUCGAAGCCGUCCGAACAAGACUCGAAUCCCUGUUCCCCUCGGCUAAGCGCAAACUUGAUAUUGCAUUCGAAGACAUCUCGUCGGUCAUUAAACUUGCUCGGUCUUUCGGCAUUUCGAGAAAGAUAGUAUUCAGACCCACUUUGGCAAAGCAUUCCGAAUUCUUCCGUGGUGGAUUCAUGUUUGAAUGUGUGAGAAGGGGAAAACAGAAGGAAGUCAUAGCAUUUGGUGGACGGUAUGAUUCCCUUCUGGAACAUUUCAAACAACCUGCUAUGCACUCUCAAUCUCGGCGAGUGUUCGGGGUUGGUAUGACCAUUGCGGUAGAUCAACUGGCACGUGUCGUAUCGAAAUAUGAAUCAUCUUUAUCUCGUCGAUUGAUGGAAAAACCUAACGAAGAUGAAAGAUCGUUUGGUUAUUGGAGUCCAGCGCGUUGCGAUGUUUAUGUAGCUGCUUUUCCUCAUGUGGACCUAUCGGUACGACUCAAUGUCAUAGGUGAACUAUGGCGAGCUGGUAUACGGGCGGAUCUGCAAUAUGAUGAUGAUCGAAGCGUCGAAGAUGUCGCACUAGAAUGUCAGGAACAAAAUAUCCUCUAUUUGGUGAUUCCGAAAGCAAGCAAAACUGUCGUGAAGAUAAGAAGUAUCUUGAGGAAGUCAGAAGAGGAAGUCUCACGACACGACCUGUGCAACCACCUCCGUAUAGCUAUAUCGGACCAGAGGCGUAUAGAUGCCUCGUACGCGUCAGCAGAAGGGUCAAUACCAUCUGCUCAAGCUGCAGCAAUGUCAGUAGAGCCUAAACAAGCAGAAGUUGACAUCAAGCUGCUUCUUCCGCCUGAACCUAUGUCUUCGAAGGGGACUAAAGGUAGACCCGUAAGGAAGUUUAGGCAUGGUACUAAGUCCGUAUACUAUGAGAAGGCGUCCGAUUUUGCUCUCCAGACCCAUUCUACUUUACCUAUCCUUGGCGUCGAUUUGCCUCUGUCGAUGUUAUGUCAAAUGACCUUUGAUACAUCAUGGAUAUCGGAUGAUGAGACUUGGAGAUCAUUGUUGACUAAGGAAGGGAUCUCGACGGGUGAUCGAAGGUACGCUGAGACAGUUAGAGACGCAGUGAAGGAGAGAAAGAUGGGUGGUGGUGCGGUGAAUGGAACAGUAGGAUCUGGAACGACAGGCGGCGGAAACAAGGAUAACAGUGCUUGGUGUUGGUUGUUCAGUGUUAGAGAAGCUAAAGGUUUCUUGCUACAAAUUGGCAGUGGCAAAUGA